CAGAGCAAGUAAAUCACCAACCAUGGCAGCUCAGCCUCACCAAACACUUCAGGUUUUCAAACACAUCUUCAGCAUCUCUGCACAAGCAGGCAGGUUGUGUGUGUGUGUCUGUGGAUCACUUCAGCAGAGUUAGAGGGUUUUAUUAAUAACAGAUAAAUAUUUAGAGACCUACUUUAAGUACUCAAGAGAAAACACAUGUUUAGGAUCCUGCUUUAAGUUCUUCACAGAGAUGGCUGGCUGCAGACUGCCGGCUUGCCACGAUGACUGAGUACUUUCAGGCAAGCUGUCAAGUGUGAAAUUGGACAUGACCUAUUGACUGCUCUUCAGCACCAAAUUAAAAGAUAAUGAUUAGCUUUUUAGAGUUCUCAGCAGAGGAAGUUUAUUCAUCUUUUACAGGGCAUUUGAAUCAGAGCUACACUUUUGCAGAGUGCUGAUGAGCAUCACCUAAAAGAACAUUAUAGUGCUAGAUUUGCAUCUUAACUCAUAUUGGUCUUAGCAAUGGACUUGCAAUUAAUACCAGGCAUGCCUAAUGAGGCUGUGCCCUUGGCCACUGCACUGCUAAUGCUGGCUCCAGAAAACAUUUUUGUACACAAAAUAGACAUAUUUAUUUCCUUUUUCCCUUUUGUAAAAUAAGGUAUUUUUCCCUCCCCACUGCCCAACAUUUCUUAAUGUUUAGAGUAUUUGAAAAGGGUUUCCCCAGCUUACCGUCAGUACCCAAAAUGUUCUUUGAGACCAGACAGUCUGUGUGCUCUUUUAUAACAGAAAAUAUUUCAGCCUGUUCUCCCUAUUUUCCCUGCUGAGGUAAUGCAGAUGGGUAGCUUAAGGUCUGGAUUAAAAAUGGAACUUGUGUCACUGAGUCAGUUUUUGUAGGCUAGAUAUAAGUAUCACUAUCAAUAAGAAUGACAUCUUUAGUAUGUCUGACAUUUAAGACAGGAAUUAUAAUGAUUUGCUCCCAAAAAGAAAUACUGAAUUAUAUGGAUGGGGAAAAUAGAGUAAAACCAUUGUCUUUUUUAAAGACAUCAGCAUGACAAGUAAUAUUGUCUCAGGAGAAUGGAAGAGAAGUGCAGAAUCACAGAAUAUAUGAGAUGCUGUCUGUGAGCAGGGAGUGAGUCUGGAGUAACCAAAAGUACAUCCACUGAUUUUUUUUUUUAAUGUCAGGAUUGUGGUGUUAAGCUGUAGCAGGAGAACAGACUGCAGGAAUUUCCAAUGAGAGUGUUUGGGAAGAUUUACCUUCUUCUGCACAGGCAAGCUGAGUGUCUGCUGCUAGUGAGAUACGUGAACUAAAACAUAGUCUGAAAGCUCUGUUUUAUUCUGUUUUAUUUCUAUGAGGAUGGAACUGUUCCUAAAACUCAAAAGGUGCUAUUGAGGCAAAAGAGAAGAUAAUCUCAAAGAAGUUAAAGGUGCAUAAUUUUUAUUUCUAGCUUUUUAAAAAUGAGAAUCUUUUACUGUUCAUAGUUAAAUUAUGCUUGGAGCAGUAGCAGAUUGAACAAGAGAUCGAUUUUCUCCUCCCUUCAGCCCCAGCAAAUAAAAAUUCCAUGUGCAAAGCUCACACUCUAUUUGCUACUGUAGCAAAAUAAACUGCUUAAAUGUGUCAAUUUACUCUCAUAGAUGGAAGAUGGCAGGGCUGUAAUUUUUUAUUGGACGUCGCAGAUGUUUAGUUUUACAUAUUUUUGUGAAGAAAGGUAUGUUUUAUUUUUAAUUAAUAAUUUAAUUUGUUUCUCUCUAAAAAAUGCUUAAAUUGCUUAUUCAUAUACUGAUUUGCAAAAGUAUGUUCAUGUUUAGAAGGCUUAAAAUAAAUAUUCCUCUAUGGACAUCAAUAUUGCAACCAUAAGAUUCCAGUUUCUGUUGCCUUGUUAGCACUUCUGUUUUACAGGGUGAAGAUGAACCCCAUUUGAAGAGAAAAUGCUAAGCUAGAGCACCUUUAUCCUAAAAAUACCAAAGUAAGAUAUUAUUCUAUUGAAUUGUGCUGUACAUACAAUGAAAAGGUGUUUAGCUACAAGUCUUUUGCUUGUCCCCACUCAUAAGAAAAAUUGUGAUACAAUUGUGUAUGUAUACAAUAACAUAAAUAUUGAAAAGGAAUUUAAAAUUUUGACCACAAUGUUUCUCCUGUUGAUGGAGAAACAAACAUAUGAAAGAAAGGUGAGAUGUACAAUUACACACAUAUGUUACCAAUUUAUCUGUGUUCAGAUGACAGCCAUUUAGGAAGAUGCUGGUAAAGAAUUUUUGUGUAAAUAAUUUAUUUUUCAAAUAGUUGUGGCCAAAAAUAGUAAUGCUUGCCACUUAGGCACUCUAUUCACUAUUUCAAAUGCAGGUUCCAUUGAUCAGAGGAAGUGAACCAAUUACAGCAAUUCUAUUUAUUUAUUGGUGACAUCCAUAAACAAAAAGCAAAUGUCUGCACAAAAUGAUAUGCUUUAACAUGUCAUUUUAAUUAAUAUUGACAUUUCCAUGAGAUGAUUUACUCCCUCUUGAACUCCUUUAUAUAACCAAUUUUCUCUGUGUAACAGUAAUUGGACUGCCAUAAUUACAGCUGUGACAUGGAGCUUGGAACAUCCAAAAAUGAGGACAAGCAAAUAUUCCUGUACCUGGAUAAGUGACCUAAAUAUAAAUGUACUGCUCUCACACUGUUACUGGAUGAUGUUCAAAUGGAUCACAUAAUGCUCUUUAAAUCCUGCUACAAGUCAGGCAUUCAAGUUUCCACUGAUCUGAUGCAGACUGAGGGUGUUUAAUAUCUUGUAGUGAUGUUUUAUCAGGAUGUUAAUAAUAAAUAAUAAAAAUAAAGCAGGCACAGGCAGAUGAUGCAGUUCUCCAUCUCAUAGGUGAAAGAAAAUAAUACCUAAUAAUCAAUGAGCAGUUGGUCGUGUUCCCAUGGCUACAAUGUGAGAUAUGAUAGUUUUCCCAGUGUUGUGUUUUUCAUAAUAUGUUAAAGAAAGAAUGCAACUUUUACAAUCUUUGAUACUUUUUCUCUCAUACAUUUUAGUGUUAAUAUGGCAGAAUAACCAUGGGAGACUGGAAUUUCCUUGGAGGCAUUUUAGAGGAGGUCCACAUUCAUUCCACUAUUAUUGGAAAGAUUUGGCUCACUAUCCUCUUCAUAUUUCGAAUGCUUGUCCUUGGAGUGGCAACUGAGGAUGUUUGGAAUGAUGAACAAUCAGAAUUUAUAUGCAACACUGAGCAGCCUGGUUGCAGAAAUGUGUGCUAUGAUGAGGCCUUUCCCAUCUCCCUCAUAAGAUACUGGGUCUUGCAAGUUAUUUUUGUGUCUUCCCCUUCCUUGGUGUAUAUGGGGCAUGCCUUAUACAGACUAAGAGCCCUGGAAAAAGAAAGGCAAAAGAAGAAAGCUCAGGUAAGGGUGGAACUUGAAAGCACUGAAUUAGAAAUGACUGAAAAUCGUAAAAGACUGGAGAGAGAGCUCCGGCAGCUGGAUCAAAGGAAGCUGAACAAAGCACCCCUGAGAGGCUCUCUGCUCUGCACUUAUGUGAUACAUAUUUUCACAAGAUCUGCAGUGGAAGUUGGCUUUAUGAUUGGGCAGUAUCUUCUUUAUGGUUUUCACUUAGAUCCCCUUUAUAAAUGUCAGAGAGAGCCAUGUCCAAACACAGUUGACUGCUUUGUAUCUAGACCAACAGAAAAGACAGUGUUUAUUUUAUUUAUGCAAUCAAUAGCAACUGUAUCAUUGCUUUUAAAUAUUCUAGAAAUUAUCCACUUAGGAUUCCGAAAAAUUAAAAUGGGACUCUGUGAGCAGAAUAGAACCAAAGAUGACUCCGAGAGUUUCUACAUAAACAAAUCUAAGAAAUACUCUGUGAUACCACACUCUUCUUUGGGAAUAUCCACCACCCCUCAGAAAACACUGCCUUGUGCCCUUAGCAAUUAUACCUUUCUGAUGGAAAAGCAAACUGACACUAUGCUCUACCCAGUUUUAAAUUCUCCUUCUAUGUUUCAGUCUGUGCCAAAUAACCGUACAGAAAGCAGCAGCAAUUACACCCAUUGCAAUCAGGAAAAGAAAUCUCCAAAGAAGAGGCCAGCUACAAAUGCUUUGGACAAUCAGACUCAAAAUGCUAGCACAAAUAAUAACGAAGGCUUUCUUGGGGAGCUUUGGACUGAGACACAUCAUGCACAAGAAGAGGCUGAAAAGAAACAUUUUCUUGUUGAUACUCAGAAUGCAGACAUGUACUUGAGAAGCUUUGCUGAGAUGCCAUCUCAAACUUCAGUGCAGCCUGAUACAACUUUUCCUGGUACCAGUUGUAGACGACAGGCAGUGGUUGAGAGCACAGCAGCACCAACAAAUUCUCUUCCAAAGAGCAGUGACAGAAGACAAAGCAGUUUCAGUGCAAACAAAGCCCCAAUUCCUUACAAUGCUGAUGGAAAAAACUCCAGCAGACCAGACACUUCUGAUUCCAUGGGGGUGGUGAGCUCAGAAUCCGCACAAAGCAGAAACUGGAACAGUCCUAAGCUUUUCUCCCUGUCUAGGCAACAGUCACUGUCAAGCAAUGCCAGCAGCAGGCGUGCCCCCACUGAUCUUCAAAUAUAACAUGAGCUAACUGAUUACUGCACUAAUCAAUGCUGGGAUAAUUCCUGAGCACAGACACAACCCACACCUGUGUGUAAGUGCAACUAAAUAAUUCAACUUUAACCAGCUCUUUACAUAGGUAGAAAAGUUGUGUAACUCUUUGAAUAGUAGCUAAGUAAUUUUAAACAGUCUCUACUUCCUUUGCAAUGAAAAUGUGGCAUAGACUCAGUGUAUAAACCUCUACACUCCAGUUAAAAAGGAAAAAAUACAUCUUCCCAAUCCACAUAUUAGGAAAAAGUCAGGCAUAAAAUCACAGGUGAUACUAUUUAAACUGAAUAAAAGUAGAAGACAAAAUUUGCAGGCUAAGGAUAUUUUUUACAAGGAUCAGUAAAUCAAAUUAGGCUAAAGAUGCUCUCAGAGGAAUGUAUUGGUAAACAUGUCUCUGCCUAAUCAGUCUGAGAAUUCAAACAGACAUUUGGUAGCUGACCAAAAGCAGAAUGUCAAACUUAUUCCACUGUUCAAACUGUUGUAAAUACAAAGAGAAAAAGCAUUUACAAGACAGAUAAUGAAUUCUUUGGCUCCAUGGUACACUUUUUUUUCCAGUGUAUCGCCAGUGACUUCCUCAGCAGAAAAAUCAAAGUGAAUUCGUUAUGGUAUACUAUCAGAAUUCAAUAUAUCACUAUUUUUUUAAAACAUCAUGAGUUACAGACAUGUUGUGAGCUUUACUUUUGCCAUUUUUUAUAACGCUAAUAAGAUAGCAAAACCAGAAACCAAGUUACUGAAAUUUACUAAUCAGAUAUUUUGAAUUUCACAAACUAGAAGGCUUACUAUGGAAAACAGAAAAAAACCCCAAAACCAAAGACAGAGAAGUAAAAAAAGCAAAUAUGGUAAUACCUCCUGAUUUCAGUUACAAUGUCAAAAGAUAUAUAAAAGGUUUAUCAAACAGUAAAACUACUCCUUUUCUGUUUGUCUGUCCCCCUAAUUCUGAUAAAAUCUUAAACAAAGCUUCUACCUGUUUAGGAGGAGCAUUUGUAUUUAUGCUUUUUAUAGGGAUAACAAAACAUUAGGACAUUUAUCCACUUGCUGUUCAGGCCCAUAUGGUGUAAAGGAAGUUCCAUGAAACACCUUGAAAUACCAAAGGAGGCAAAGAUAAACAAAAUACUAUGGUACAAUUUUAAUCAAACUUUCUAUGUAUGAGAUACAUUUAUUUGAGUUGCACAGCACUGAAACACUGUAAAUACUUGCUGAGGUGGUCCCAGCUGGAAUGCAUUGGUGUUUUUAUGUGUAUUUUUUACUGGCAGAUUUGACAUAUUGUUCAUGUACUGAAAACAAUAAUUUGUGAGAUAUAGCAUAAUGAUGUUACAGCACAAUUAAAUUCUUGAAGUGCACUGUCAUUAUGCUUACCAGACAGCCAUGAUUCACUGAAAACUUUACAAUACUGGCAAAAAAGGAGCCAGAAAACCUAAAAAGCUCUUUUGCUUGUAGCAGUAACAUUAAUUUGGACCCGUCCACAUAAGAAAUACACACAAGAACUAUUAAAACUAUUCAUUGUAGAUUUCUCUCCAGUAUUUCUCUCCUUUUCAUUUCUAUGUGUAUACAUAAAUACAGCCCUGCAUAAUUGUGUUUACACUGUAAAAUUGAAGGUUGUCUAAUAUACUGGAAUGCACAUUACUGUAUAGUGUGACUUAGGCAAGUUAAUGCUGCUGCUGUGCUUUAAUUCUUGCAUUUCUUGAUGCAUAAAAUUCUGUGAACAAUAACUGCUCAUGCUUGAUUUGUAUUUAAUCUCUCCAUAAUAAAAAGCCUCAUAUUUAAUGCACUCUGUUCCUGUUGUCUAAUUAAUAGAAAGCAUUUAGAUGUUCAUGUAUGGGACAUGACAUUUGUGGUUUUUUUUGUUCAAGACAAGUCAAAAAAUAGUAUUUAUGCUGCUGUGAGAGAAAUUUUAUUAGCUUUUUUUAUGUCUGGACAUGAGUCAAACAUUCUUUUAAACAGAGCACCUUCCCAAAUGAAGAGUAACUACUGAAAAAUAAAACCAUUGCAGAGGAGCAUGGAGAAAAAGUGUGAAAACUAACAUCGUAUGUGCAAGAUCAUUUGGUUGGUCUUUUUAAAUUAUUAUUUUAUUUCUACAAUAAAUAGAUUUUAUCUGUCAGCGUUUCAGAAAAAUAAUCAGGUAUAACUGCUUCUGGUUUUUUUCU